AUUCAUCUUUUACCCGAAAAUCGACCUUCAAAAGUAUAAAUAUAGUGUGUGAGUGAGUAGUGAGUUUAGUGUUCGGCCGAACAUCUUAAUCGAAUUAAUUUGGUAACACGACAAUUCGUAUCCCGUAUCCCGUCUCGUGCGUUAUUAAUUUCCUGUCAGUUCCCCAAUAGUCAGCUGCAAUGUCCUUGUGGAAAGUUCUACCGCCCAAGCUCCUGGACGUGUCGAAAAACGUGUUCUCGAGCACUCCGUGUCUUUUCUAUCAUCCGAAAGUUUUGGAUCAUUAUGAUAACCCAAGAAACGUCGGCAGUCUUGACAAAAAUGACCAAAGUGUUGGUACAGGUCUGGUUGGAGCACCUGCAUGUGGUGAUGUCAUGAAAUUGCAGAUUAAAGUUGAUGACAAUGGCAAAAUCGUAGAUGCUAAGUUCAAAACUUUUGGAUGCGGUUCAGCUAUUGCAUCUAGCUCACUUGCAACCGAGUGGGUCAAAGGCAAAACGGUUGAUGAAGCGCUGCAACUAAAAAACACUGAUAUUGCCAAAGAAUUGUGUCUUCCACCUGUUAAGCUACACUGUUCUAUGCUUGCAGAAGAUGCAAUUAAGGCUGCAUUAUCAGAUUACAGGAUUAAGCAACAAUCCAAGGAAAAAGAUGUGUCAAAAGAAUAAUUAAUCUAUUUUGAACAACGGUCAAUCAGUCGAUGACUUUGUACGCCUUCUAUGAUGAUUACGGGCAAGCGCAUGAAUAAUCGUUACUAAAAAGUAACAAACCAUGAGCAUAACGAAUUUAUCAAAUAGCCAGGAAAUAGUCGUUGAACCCUCCUGUAAAAUCACAGUGAUUUUAAAUUGUUGAUACAUAAAAAAUGCACGUAUAAUGAAUAAAAAUACUUACAACUGA